AUGUCGUUUGUCAAGAAGCGCACAAGCAUUGAUUCUGACCCGCUGAAUCCAAGUUUCGUCAAGAGCGAGCUUGAUGAAGCACGCAAAUCUCUUCGUGCUAAGACCGUCGCGGUUUCUGACCUUGAAAGCGAGCGCGAUCGCUUGUCUUCCGAGUUGAACGAGGCACAGACUGAGGUCCGCGAUGCGAAGACUGCUCUGGAAACCGCGACGAGAGAGCGCGAAGGGACUCAGAAUGAGCUUGAGGACGCGAAGCGCCGUCUGGAGGAACUGCAAUCGUACAGAGACAGUAAGGAGCUGGCGUUCCAGGAAGUCUGCCGUGAGCUCGAGUAUAUGAAAGACGCAUUCGCUGCUCAGGACGCGGUCAUUGCCAUCCUGCAGUCGCAGGUCCAGAGCACUACAAGCCUUCGAGCGGAGUAUGAGGAGUCACUAGUGGAGGUCGCCGCAGAGCGCGACGCUAUGAAGGCUGCGUACGACACAGCCAGCUCUAUCAGUGGCUUGAGCUCUCAACAGCUACGAGAAGCCGUCUCCCGCAUAUCCGCUCUGGAAGAGAUACUGUCAUCGGUACGACAGGAGCACGACGCUAGUUUGGCCGCGAGUGCGGAUGAGACGGAAAUCACGAAGGCAGCGAAUGUCGAUGCGGAGAUGCGGCUCGCAGAGAAGUCAUCGCAGGUCGACGAUCUUCUCGCACGCAUGCAAGACUUCUCGGGAAAGCUCGCAGCCCUCCGCGCCGAGAACGCGGAGAAGAUCUCCCGCAUAUCGCAACUCGAGAACGAAGUCUCUGACACACGGGAGGAGCGAGCGCGAAUCGAAGAGAUCGCCACCAGUACCCGCGUAUGCGUCAAGCUCCUAGAGGAGCUGCUGUCGGCGACAAGUCGGAUCGAGAGUGAUGGUCUUGCGCCGCAGAAACGAGUAACAGACAAAGCGCAGCCGCAAGUAACACCACCUACCAUCUCCAAAGCGCCCGACAUUAGCAACAGGAGUGUAAGGACGAAACUGACCGCCCUGCUGACGUCGAUGGAGGCAAUGGACUGUUUUACGCUGGCGUUAGUGGUGUUGCUGUGCGUGACGCUGGGCCCUUUCUUAUAUAUGCUUCAUGUGGAGGCAAGGGAGCGUGGACGUUGGCGCCGCGCGAAUACUCUCUACCUAUGUUGA